CAGAAAUCCUAUUGCCAGAGAGACACACAGUCGCAGCCACUGAGAGAAGAAGAAGGUCACCUCUAGAACAGUGAAGGUGGGUCAAACGUGAAGACCAAAACUCAGCAGAACUCUGGAAAUGAGAAUUUGGGAGGUCCUUCUUUUAAACUGAAGUACACAUUUGUAUGCCACACCAUUGAAAGUCAACAAGAGAUUGCAGCAAUACUGAGGGUCAUGAUGGAGAAACUCUCUGAAAAAGAUAAAUGUCUGAUCCGGGACAGCUGGGAGAGCCUGGGGAAGAACAAGGUGCCACAUGGAAUUGUUAUGUUCACAAGGUUAUUUGAGCUGGACCCAACACUGCUCACCCUCUUCAGCUACAGCACAAACUGUGGGGUUUUACCUGAAUGUCUAUCCAGCCCUGAGUUUCUUAACCAUGUCACCAAGGUAAUGUUGGUGAUCGAUGCAGCUGUCAGCCAUCUUGAUGACCUACAUACUUUGGAGGACUUCUUGUUGAACUUAGGUCGGAAGCACCAGGCAGUUGGGGUCAAGAUCCAGUCCUUUACUGUGGUUGGAGAGUCCCUACUCUAUAUGCUUCAAUGCAGCUUGGGUCCAGCAUACACAGCACCACUGCGUCAGGCCUGGCUUAAUAUGUACAGCAGUGUGGUAUCAGCCAUGACCCGAGGCUGGGCCAAAAAUGGAGAACAUAAGUCCAACUGAGAAGGAGGUAGAAUAUUCAUACUGAAGAACACCAUACUGUAUGUAACAUGAUUGCUAUAGAGGUCCACCAAAUGUAACUACACAAAAAAUCUUUUGAAAGAGUGAGGGGCUUGUUAAUGGGACCACCAAAGUUAAUAUCUGUUCAGUUGAGUUGACUGUGUUGGCUGCCGGAACAGUCCAAACUUAGUUUGGUCUAACUGUGGUCUGAGAUUGUAGUUAUGGAUAACAAAGCAGUAAUGAGGUUGAUGAUCUGUACGAUUUUUAAGAUGGGAAAAGAUCAGGACAGAUAGUUUAUGGUUGAAAUUUUAAAAGCAACAUUUGCUUUGUACAUAUAAUAAUGACUAAAUGUAUUUACUCAAACUAUCUUAAAUGACUGUUUAGAUGUAGUGAUAUUUCAUGUGAGCGUGCUAAAACAGAGGUUUGACUAUGCACAUGUGAGCUUGGUCUGCUUGAAAAAUAAGACCUAAAUAACACUUUUUAAAAUCAAUCUACCAGUAU